GGUCGAUGGAGCCCUCGGCCUGAGAAUCGGGCCAAAAGUUACACAGACUCUUGCUUCCUGAGGAAGAACUCCAGGAAAUCGCGUUUGCUUCAGUGAUACCCGCCCAAUUGGUUUGUCGUUUCAGCAUCCAUGGAGUCCGCUUGUUUAACUAGGAGCGCAUCCGUAUUUCUGCGUCGUCAAACUUCCCAUCGGUUAUCGAAUACGACCUAAAGGGAGGGAAUAGAGAGCGAUACAGCCGCGACACGGGAAUAUCCCUGCGCACUGCGCAGCGUAGCCGUCGAAAUGGAGUCCCUGCUGUCUCUCGCCUUCGACAACCUCGCGUCCUUCGACGGCGGCAAGAUCAAGAAGGGCCUGAAGCAGGUCGAGGGUCUGCUCGCCCAGAUCUGCCUCUCCGGCCCAAGCAGCCCAAGGAAACAGGAACGCGAACGAGGACGAGAACAAGCGCCGCGCAAAGUCCUGGCCGAUCUCUCGGCCGACCCGGCCUUCCGCGAGUUCUUCAAACUGCAAGAAGGCUUCGAGUGGAACAUCGCCCAGCGCCUACUCACCACGCUCGACUGGCUGGUCGUCCGCGGCGGCGACGGCCAGUAUGACCUCCUGAUCGUCAACGCCCUCGACCUGAUUCAGGGCGCGCUCCUCCUGCACCCGCCAAGCAAAGCGCUCUUCUCCCGGAGCGUCCAUAUGAACCUCCUCCUGGACCUCCUCGAGCCGGUCAACUGCCCCGCAAUCCAGUCGGCGGCGGUGGCCACGCUGGUGGUGGCGCUGGUCGACAUGCCGCAGAACACGCGCGUGUUCGAGCAGCUCGACGGCCUGCUGACCGUCACGUCGCUGUUCAAGAGCCGCGAGACGGGCCGCGACGUCAAGUUCCGCCUGACCGAGUUCCUCUACUUCUACCUCACCCCCGAGACCCCCUCCAUCCCGCGCGCCGAGUCCCGCGUGAACCCCGCCGCCCCGGGCCUGCUGCAGCGCAGCCCCAGCAAGCUGGCCAAGGUGUUUGGUGGCGGUGUUGGCGGUGGCGGUGCUGCUGCUGCGCGGAGCAGCGCGGCGGGUGCGAAUAACGCCAGCAAGGGCCACGAGAGGCCCGGCAGCAGCGAGAACGGCGCGACGCUCUCGGUCGAGGCGAAGAAGCUGCUUGUCGACCGCUACCUGCCCGGCGUGGUGGACGAGCUGUUGAAGGAUUUGGAUACCUACAAGCCGUUUGGUGGGGUGCUCAGCUGAGGGUCGGGUGUCGGAGACGAAUCGAAGGUGUGUCCGUUGUUGGAUG